CUGGCCAAAUGGGUGUCCUUAGCAGAAUUGUAUAUUAUGGAGUAAUAAAAUAUAUUCCACUUGUUGCUAUCAACAACAGGAAGUGCAUUUUCACACACAGUUCUCCCUCCAUUCAGUGUAGAAGCAUCAGCUUUUGCUCUGAGAGGAUUUCUGUCGUCUUUCUCUUCUCUGGUGACGUGAAUGUAAAUAAUGGAAACAUUGGUGAUGUUCCUCCUCACUGGAUCUCUGAUACAAGGUGUUUUGUGUAGCUACAAAAUCAAUCUCCCAAACAGAGUAGAAGCUCUAAAAGGAUCCUGUGUUUUUAUACCCUGCACAUUUGAUAUUGGUCAAAAUCUUAAAAAUGAUCUCACUGAUAGUGCAAAAAGAAAAUGGUUUAAAGGCAAAACACUCCAGUUUGACUCCAGCAGCCCCAACAAUGGACCGUUAAAAGGAGAAAUAUUUGGCACUGCUACACAGAAAAACUGCACCACUUGCUUCGAUAAUAUCAGUCAGAGUCAUAAAGGGUCAUAUUACUUCAGACUUGAAGGCAGCGAUACAUUGCAAUAUAGCUACAAAGAACCUAAACACUCCCAAGUUCAAAUUGUCGUCUUAGAAUCUCCACCCAAACCCACACUGAGGGUCUUUAAGGAUCAGCAGGAGCUGAUGAAGAUGAUGGAGGUGAUUGAGGGAAGUUCAGUGAAUCUGCGCUGCUCUACUAAGAUCUUCUGUCCAUCUCGUCCACCAUCUCUCAGAUGGAGCUCAUCUCUCAAUGAGAACGUCACAGAAAAGCAGUAUCAGAACCAAACUGAGCUCAUCUCUGAUCUGAACUUGACUGUUUCUCACCGUCAUCAUAGAGUCACUUUCACCUGCACUGCAACACACCAGCUACAGCAGCCGAUCACAACACAAGAGUCCUGGAUGCUACUAGUUCAGUAUGCUCCUAGAAACACAUCGGUGACGAUAAAUCCAGUUGGUUUAGUUCUGGAGGGUCGUUCUGUGACUCUGAGCUGCAGCAGUAAUGCAAACCCAGCAGUGAACUACACCUGGUACAGAGACACUAACGGACUCCUGAAUCCAGUUCAGACUGGACCAAACCUGACCAUUAAUGAUACAGACUCGACACACAGUGGACAAUACUACUGUACAGCUGAGAACAAACGCGGCACACAGAACAUAUCACUGCUGCUGGACGUCCAGUUUGCACCCAAAAUCUCCAGCUCUUGUAGCCGAAACAGCGCAAUGGCGUGUGUCUGUGAGGCUCAUGGGAAUCCCUGCCCUACACUAGAGUGGCGUCUGUCUGGACAUGUGCUCUAUAACUCUACAGAAACAUCCAUCAGUGAGGAGACGUUAGGAAGCACAGGAGUGAAGGGUGUCCUGACCACCCAUAGGUCCCUCAAGGACACGGACAUCCUGCAGUGUUUCAGCGCAAACAUUUACGGCAGCGCAAGUCAACAGUUUCAGGCCGUCCCACCGCCAAAAGAGACAAGUUUCCAUUAUCCAUCAGUGCUGCUUGGAGCUGCUGUCAUCGCGUCAGUAAUGAUGAGCGUGUGCAUCAUGAAGCUCUGCUAUGAACGAAAAAGGAAAGAAAAACCUUCAGAAACCACAUCUGGACUCAUUCUGACUCAUACAACCGUUGCUCUGGAUAAUGAUGGUCAGUUUGUUGAUGUCAAUAAUGGCAUGCCGUCAUCCACUGCACUGAGUGCACCAGAAUCUCUUCAUUAUUCCUCCAUCAACUUCAUAAACACUGAACCGCCAUCAGGGGAGAUCAGGGGCAUCGCCUCGCUGACCAGUGAAUACGCUGCGGUCCAAGACCAUCCUGCUGGAGCCGCAGAAAACAACAACUCAACAUCUGAGGCAGAGCCCAAAAAACAAAAAAUGACAGCAGAGAUCACAGACACGCCAUCAGAAGACGUGAUUUAUGAAAACACGAGCCAUCGCUACAGGCAGAAGGAACCGCUGGUCAGUGCAGACUGCAGAUGAUGCUGAAAAACAAGACCUUUGACUCUUUGAGCACCCGAGAGAUUUUUAGAACGAUUUAUCAGAUCGUUCAUUUAAAAAUUACAAUUUCAAACCAACAGAACUUUCUUAGGAUAGUUCAUUCAUCACAGAAUCAGAAACUCCACUAUUUUGUGCUCUUUCGAGUCGGAGUGAGUGUCAGGCAUCUGAAAGUGAGUUUUGAUUGAGUAACUUGAAGAUCUGUGCUGCACGAGCCGCAAACUGUUUCAGACGCUUCAGUCCGAUUUGGUGAACUGGUUCAACUAGUUCACCAAAAAGAACCAGUUCAAAAGAAUGAUUUGUUUGUGAACCAGACAUCACUCUAGACUGUCUGAGGCAUUACAGGUACUAAUGUUGUAAAUUAUUUUCAGUUUCUUGUGCAGACCAAUCGUUUCACUUCAUAAGACCUUAAUAUUCAUCAUGUGCCACAGGGAUCUGCUGCCUGAUAUGCUUUUUUGAAUCUCAAAGUGACGGUACCCAUUUACUUGCAUUUUAUGAUUCACCAUGCACCAGGAUUUCAGCUAAAAAUCGUUAUUCUUCUACUGAAUAAAAAAAAGUCACCUACUUCUUGGGUGGUGAGUCAAAUAA